AUGCGCCCCGACCUUCGAUCGAGAGCGGAUACGCCCGUUCUUUCACGACCUCGACGACGAAGACGACGUUCACGAUGCAGGAGAGACGUGCUCUGCCUCCUCCUCCCCGCCCUCCUCUCCUCGAUCAUCGCGGGUGGCGUCGCGCCUUUCAAGACCUAUGUGAUCGGCCAGUCCUUCAACGUGUUCGUCCAGUUCCCCCUCACCCCCAACCCCCCGCAAUCCGCCAAGGACGCCCUCAUGCACACCGUCGGCAUCAACGCCCUCGAGCUCCUCGGCCUCGCAGUCGGCUCGAUCGCGCUCGGCUCGAUCGCGCUCAGCAGCCUCACGUCCUGCCUCUGGAUAUGGACCGGCGAGCGCAACGUCCUCGGCUUCCGCCGUCGCGUCUACGCCGCCUUCGCGCAUAAGCCCAUAGCCUGGUUCGACACCACGGUCGCCCGGGGUGAGGGUGCGGGCGGCAUAAUGGCGACAUCCGCGCGGGAGACGGACGACGUGCGUGCCGCAUCGUCCCUCGGCUUCGGCUUGCUCGUACAGCACCUCACGACGCUUGUCACCUGUCUGGGGCUGACGUUCUCGUGCUCGGCGGUCCUCACCUUCGUUACCCUGUCCUCCUUGCCCGUCCUCGUCUUCGUGCAAGCGAUUUCGCAGCGGUUAACGGGGCCA